CAUGGGCCCUGGAGAACCAUGGUCCAAUACGCCAAAGAUAGAAAUUUUUAGCAAACUUGUUUUGAGAAAAAAACCUGAUACGAGACACAGCGAAGGAAAUUGAGUGCCAAUUACAUGACAAUAAAAAAAAAACGCUUAACUAGCUUCAACUGGUCGGAUGCGAUCGAUGGUAAAUCAAAUGCUCGCCACAAAAUGAAAAUAGAAAAUCAAACUGUAAUUGCUGUCUUCCUUCGUAAAAACACGACGGAAAUCCUUCGUUUGGAAUAUGUCCUGCCAUGGUAGGGAAUAAGGUUGGUGAAGUCGUUUCAGUUUCCCCCCUGCAUCGAAUUCACAGGCGAUCAGUAAGAUCGAACGUACGGUGUAGCCAUUUUAGUGUCGAGGGUAUAUAACAGCUGAUCACAAUUGGUCUUUCAGUUUUUCACUGCUUGUCGGUAGCUUUAAACCGUGUUGCGCGUUACACGACUUUUUCCACAAUGCAAAAAGACAACACUAGCAACGUUGAAUCGCAUUGCAAACUGAGCUCUGAAACACCAACUUUAAUUGAUCGCUUUCCAACAAAACCUUCCCAAGAGCACCACGAACAAUUCAUGCGGCAGGUUAUUGAUGUUCUGUUGAAAGAAGCUGUAUUCCAGGGAACGUCUAAUGAUAGUUUAGUCAUCGAAUGGAUGGAGCCAGAAUCUUUGAUGGCUUUACUGGGAGAAGAGCUGCCAAAAAAUCCUGAAUCGGAUGAGAACCUUAUCAAGCUUAUAAAAAACGUUGUACGUUACAGCGUAAAGACUGGCCAUCCACAUUUCAUUAAUCAACUAUUCUCAAGUUUGGAUCCUUACGGACUUGUGGCCCAGUGGGUAACAGAUUCUUUGAAUCCCAGUGUUUAUACGUACGAAGUUGCUCCUGUUUUUACGCUCCUCGAGCAUAAGCUUCUUCGCGAAAUGCGACGUUAUGUAGGAUUCCCGGACGGCAGUGGUGAUGGAGUUUUUUGCCCAGGAGGUUCAAUGGCUAAUACAUACGGGAUUCAAUGUGCUCGUCAUCACGCUAUGCCGGAUUUAAAAGUAAGCCCAAGGACUCUAUUUCAACCAGUUUCAUCAAAACUGUUAAAAUUUCUUACAGUAAUUAAAUCAAGUUCAACCACAAUAAAUAUUUCGUUUACUUACAAGACUGCAAUUUCUAGCAAACAAAGCUGCAUUGCAUCAUUCAAAGGCAGGAAACUGAUUCUUCAUAUUUUGUUGAAAUUUCAGGAAAAAGGAACUUUUGCAUCACGUCGCCUAGUGGUGUUGACAUCUAAAGAUGCCCAUUAUUCAAUCAAGAAAGCUUGCUUCCUCCUAGGAAUAGGCUCAUCCAAUCUUUAUCUAGUAGACGUGGAUAGCGAUGGUCGAAUGAAUCUCGCACAUCUUCGAGAAGAAAUACAACGAGCUCUCAGGGAGGGUGCCAGACCCUUUAUGGUGUCGGCCACAGCCGGAACCACCGUAUUAGGCUCAACAGAUCCCCUUGACGGGAUCGCUGACUUAUGUCAGGAAUUUGGUCUAUGGAUGCAUGUAGACGCAGCAUGGGGAGGUGGCGCUCUUAUGUCCACAAAGCAUCGUGAUAUCCUAAAGGGAAUUGAGCGAGCCGAUUCAGUAACGUGGAACCCCCACAAAUUGCUUGGGGUACCUCAGCAGUGUUCCACCUUUUUGACUCGACAUGCAAACCUUUUGCUAGAGGCCAAUUCCGCUUCAGCUUCUUAUUUGUUUCAAAAAGAUAAGUUUUAUGAUCCUAAGUGGGACGUUGGAGACAAAUAUCUGCAAUGCGGCCGACGAGCAGACGUCCUCAAGUUCUGGCUGAUGUGGCAAGCAAAGGGAAGUUUGGGCUUGGAAAAGCAUGUGGAUACGCUCUUUGAAAAUACAGCCUAUUUCACUUCACAUAUUCGCGAUCGCGAAGGUUUCAAACUAGUACUAGAGGAGCCACCAUUUGUGAACGUAUGCUUUUGGUACAUCCCGCCAAGCCUUCGAAAUUCUCAGCGGGAUGAAGAUUAUCAUGAAAAACUACACAGAAUCGCUCCCAAGAUCAAAGAACGUAUGAUCAAAAAAGGCAGCAUGAUGAUAACCUACCAACCGCUGAGAAAUUUGCCAAAUUUUUUCCGGCUAGUUCUGCAAAGCUCGGGUGUUAAUGCCAAAGAUAUGGAAUUCUUCGCUGAAGAGAUUGAGCGUCUCGGAUGCGAUCUCUAACAAGUCAUGUUAAAUAGCAUUUUCUGCAUUUCAAGAAAUUUUUCAAACCGCUUUUUUAAAAAUCGAUGUUGUACGGCAUUUAACGCAUCAAACAUACCGAUCUUAAAUAGAAAUUCUAAUAUAGGAAAUAAACUUCUCCAAUAAAGAGAAAAAAAAUAAGACGUGAAUCGUCGAAAAUAAAAUACUACGCGAAAUCA